CCGAGGGUUCGCGUGGCGGGGGCGGCAACGACGAUGACAUUAUUUUAUUUAUGCUGUGAUAGUGAAAUAACAACAACAACAACACCCAGCCCCCUCAAAUCAAUCGCAAUAUUUUCGAGGAGAGACGCAAAACCAAUAGAAAGUCACUACAUUUAACGAAAAAAACGAAAAAAAUUUACCAAAAGCUUUAACUAAAAACAAAAAAAAACACCAAGCAAGUCUUUGCAAAUCGUAUAAAUAAAUAAACCCCUAAUUAAUAGUGAAAACAGCACCAAUUAGCGCAUAACCUAUAAGAUACAUAUUAGUCAAUAUGUUUAGCUAGUUACAAUUUACAUAGAUAACAUUUAAUUAGUGGCUUCAAAAAAAAACACCAACAACCCACAAAAAGGGGAAAAACCAAUACCUAGUUCAAUUGUACGGAACGCAAAUAACUAACGAAUAGAGAUUAGGAAAACUGGCCAACUGAUAAGGCUGGCGAAAAUAUUAAGCUUAUAGCGAAUAGGAAAUAAUAAUAGCAACGGCCCACCCACCCGCGUUGAAAGCCCCGAAAAGCGAAUUCAUUCAGAAAACGUGCCACACAACCGGACGGCAGCGACGUCGACCACGGCAGCGACGGACAACGGUAAAUGUCAAAGUCAUAAAGAGAAAGCAGGGAAAUGCCGCUGAGAGAAAGCUCAAAGUAAAUGUCAAAAUUGUAAGGAGAGGAGAAGUUACGCUCGAAAUAAAGUUUUAACGCGAGCUUUUAAGUAAAACAGCGCAAAGUGUCAAAAUCAUAAAGAGAAAAAAAAAGUGCCGCAAAGAGCAAGCCUAAACAGGACAACAAAAAGUGGAGCAGACAGAAUAAGAGGAAAUCCUCCGGUUAAAUAAUUAACUUGAGGUUUUGCUUAAGGAGCUAAAAGUAAAAGUUAUUGAGUAAAUUUAAAGUAACGCUGAGAAUCCCGCUAAAACUUUAAAACAAGCUCUUCAAAAAUUAAAUAUUAAUAAAAAAGAUUCUAUUAAGUCUAAUAAUAAAAACGAUCUAUCGGCUAACUGUCAAAAUUCCAAACAAAAACUGUGGAUAUAAUCAUCAGGAUAAGAGCAAAGCGACAGCUUUUGAGUAGAAAAGCAUACAAUAAUUUGACACAAUUCUUUAAAUUUCAAGCCAAUAAAUGUUAGCUUAUAAGACAUACAGACAGAUAGCCGAGGAAAAAGGAAAGUAAAAACCCAGUAAAACUUUGUAGAACUAGACCAAUGUGGAAGCCUUAAGAGAAAGCUCAGGAUAAAAGCUCAAGCUAAGCUUUUGGCCAAGACACAAGCCAAUAAUUCGAGACCAAUGGCCACCACAGCGGUGGGAGUGGGAGAAGGGGGAGGGCAAGGAGGAGCUCCAGCAGGAGCAGCGCAUCCUGACGACGCCAGUAGUAUGAGCGACGACGUCUUCGAGGAUGCGGAGACCACUCAGGCGAGGAUCGAGGAGCUGCGUCGCCGGCCCUUCGGCGAUGGCUGUUACAAUCCCCCCGCAGCGCCCGCCUCUGUCUCGGCAUCGAUUACAACGACAACGACGCAGCCGCAGCAGCAGCAGCACCACCAACAUCACAAUCCGCACCACCACCAUCACAGCCAGCUCAGCUUGACCGGAAGCCAUCACUACCACGACGAUGCCAUCAUGGCGCCCGUUCAGCGCUCUGCCACCGGAUAUCCGGGCUAUCGACCUUCCCGCGAGGCCAUGCAGAUGUAUGCGUACGGGAACGAGGACUACGAGGAUGACUACAGCGAUGGCUGGCGAUCGUAUCGCUACGAUGAGGUGGACAUGCACACAGCCCAGCCCACCGCCCACCAGCAGCCCUUCGACGACACGGUCAACCACAAAACGAUCCUGCUCGGCGACUCGGGAGUGGGCAAGACAUCCUUUCUGGUCAAAUACAACACCGGCGAGUUCCGACUGGGUUCCUUCUCCGCCACAGUGGGCAUCGCGUUAACGAAUAAAGUGGUGGUCGUCGAUGGCACACGCGUAAAGCUGCAAAUAUGGGACACGGCCGGACAGGAGCGAUUCCGAAGCGUUACACACGCUUAUUACAGAGACGCCCAUGCUCUGCUGCUGCUGUACGACGUGACCAACAAGACCACCUACGACAACAUACGCGCCUGGCUGGGCGAGAUCCGGGAGUACGCGCAGGAGGACGUGGUCAUCGUUUUAAUAGGAAACAAGGCCGACUGCAGCGGCAGCGAGCGGCAAGUGAAACGGGAGGAUGGGGAGCGUCUGGGCAGGGAGCACAACGUGCCCUUCAUGGAGACCUCGGCCAAGACGGGUCUCAAUGUGGAACUGUCCUUCACAGCGGUGGCCAGGCAACUGAAGAGUCGCGGCUACGAACACGGCGAUGAUGGAAAGUUCAAUGUGCAUGAUUUUGUGCGUGAUAAUACAAAGGCGCGCUCCGUUUGCGGCGCCCAGUGCAGGAACAUGUAAUUGGCCAGCUUGCGAACAAUAAAAGCCAUAUCCUCCCGAUCCCGCGCACAAAGACAACAAUAAACCGGCAGUCAGAUCAAAGGGAAGUGGGGCCCUCAGAGGGAUACAGAUGGGAAAUGUACGAUGGAGCACGUAGGGCAGAGUCGAGCUUCUGCAUUUAAUGAGACACACUCGAACAACAGAUUCACACAAAGACAUAAGAUGGCACCAAUUUUGUAAGACCCUAGUGAGGAGAUAGUUCAGUCGGGAUGUUUUGUAUGUAAAUGGGUAUUUCGGGGCGCAACGGGACGCGGUACGCAUAAUUUUUUAAGGACAUGCCAUUGGCAUUGAGGCGUAAAUAGGCCAAUGCAUAAAUAUUGAACAAUAUAUAUAUAUAUACAAAUAUCCAUAUACAACUGCAUAAAUUACUUUAACGAGAGAAAGCGAAAGCAGAAGCAACGCAGCAAAAUCAUGCAACAUUGAGAUUUAUCCAGCACGCCGUUGGACAUUGCGGACGAUCGAGGAAACACAUAUAUAUAUAUAUAUAUACCUAACUAAGCCCAGAGGAAAUCUCGAGAAGUACCAAAUCCAAUUAAUGAGAAACAAUCACUCAAUUUACCUACUAUUAGUUUUAUGGUUUUACUCCUAAUUGUUAAGUGUUAUAUGGCCUAUCGUUAAGUUUUAGUCCCACUUGAGGCCCCUGGAAAUUAUUUACACACCCCACUAAUGAAUACCCUACGCAACUAAGUUAAUUACUACUACCUACGUUUAAUCUAUGAAAGUCCAAACAAACCCAUUCGAACAUAUUUUGAAGAGCCCGCCAAGGCGAAAGUUGCGAAUAAUCAAAGGCAGUUGAACCUAUUACUAUACUGAGCUACUACAGCAAAGGAAUCCGACGCAUGCAUAUAUCACGGCAUGGAUGAAAACUAGCUACUAAACAGCGUUAUAUUCAAGCAGACGUCAAGUCUAUACCAUAAACAGCAAAUACAUAUUUACAUUGAAUGUGGUUUAAAAAAAGAAGAAAAAGCUUUGUGUUUU